AUGAGCUACACCACCACCACCGUUGAGCAUUUACCCUCCCAGGAAGAGAUCAUAAGCAAGGUCUCACGUCUCCGUCUUGUUGGGGAUCAGGAGACCAAGAAGUCAGACGAGAAUGCUCGAGCUGGCCCAAAAUAUCCCGCCUACCUGCCUGUAUGGGACAAAACCAAGUUCCCAGAUUGGGAGGAGGUCCCUUAUACCGAUCCAGGAUCCCGAGCUACUCCGGACAAGCGAAACCUUUUCACGGCUGGAUCGACACACCGUCAAGUCACACCGGCUAUUGGAGAGGAAAUCGAAGGAGUACAACUCUCUCAACUGACCAAAGAAGGCUUGGACGAUCUGGCUCUUCUGGCUGCAGAAAGAGGUCUCCUGGUGUUCCGAAAACAGGAUUUCAAGGACAUAGGUCCGGACAGGCAAAAGGAGAUAGUUAGCCACUUCGGUCGAUUACAUAUCCAUCCUACUAUGGGUCAUCCAGAGGGCCAUCCAGAGAUGCACGUUGUGUAUAGGGAUCCUAAGGAUUCUACAAUUUCCCGCUAUGUCAAGCCAAAUGAAGUCCAGAAGAUUAGCUCAGUUUCAUGGCAUGCCGAUCAUGUAGCCGAGACCCAACCUCCAGGCAUCACCUUCUUCUUCGCCCUCGAAGCACCACCAGCUGGAGGAGACACGAUCUUUGCGUCGGCUACCGAAGCGUAUAAUCGACUUUCCGACGAGUUUAAGAAACGACUUGAAGGUCUGUUAGUCGUUCAUACAAACAAGGGAAUGUUGGAUCAUUCCGAAGCGAGUGGUGGACCAGUCCGGUUCUCACCCAAGGAGACUUUGCAUCCACUCAUUCGCACUCAUCCUGUUACCGGGGAGAAAAUCCUUGCAAUACAUGGUGGACAUGCUACCAGAAUUUAUGGCUACAAGCAAGAGGAAUCUGAUUACCUCUUCAAUUUCCUUCUGGACGUGUUAGCGAAAGGUCACGAUUUCCAAACAAGGGUUCAUUACGAAGAAGGGACCGUCGCAGUCUGGGAUAACCGCACCGUUCUGCAUUCAGCGCUGUACGACUUCAAAGGUGACGAACGCCGCCACGUUGUCCGUAUCGCAGCUAUGGCGGAGAAGCCUGUAUAA